AUGAAGGUCUUCGGCUUCUUCUCGCGGAAGCCACAGCAGGCUGCAGAGACCGUCCCCCUCCCGCCCUCGCCCUCUGCAUCCACCGCCAAUCUAUCGCCCUCCGCCAAGGCCCGCAAGAACGUCCAGCUCCGCACGCCCUCCCCCUCCGUCGACUCAGCCACCGCCGCCGCCGCCGCUCAGCCGCGCUCGACCUCCCCAGCGACCAAGCUCGCCCGCUUAUCCGUCGACGACCCGACCCGCAACGCCUCGCCCACCCGGCGCGGCUCCAUCACCGCGCUCACCGCGAUCGUGCCCACCCCCGUCUUCGUGCCGCCCGAGCCGACCGUGCCCUCGCUCACCGCGCACAUCGGGUCCAUCCCGCCGAAGAUCCUGCACGCGUACGUGCUCGCGCGCAUCCCCGGGCAGUCGGAGGAGGCGCUGCCCGCGCUCGCGGCGUUCUUUGCGGAGCUCGCGCCGCCGCCGAAGAUGCACUGCGUGCGCUGCCACAAGGACUUUGUGGAGGUCGAGAAUGAUGACAGGAGCUGUCUGGUGCCUCACGACGACGAGAGCGCGGAGGUCGAGCGCGUGGGCGCGGCGAAGCGGGCGGGACGCACCCCUGGGGCUGUCGGCGCGACGUUUGAGACUCUUUGGGGGUGCUGCGGUAAGAUCGUGGAAGGCGACGGUGACCAGGGCCCGCCGGACGGGUGGUGCUACGAAGGAAAGCAUACGACGGAUGUGAAGCGUGCUCGCUUCCGCGCCGACUCGACCCCACAGCAAGACAAGCUGGUGUCGUGCCUGCGUAAGAAUUGCCAUGGCAUCCGCUCUCAAUUACCUCGCGGGGCGCGUACGACGCGGAAGCGGCCGCGCAGCACGAAUUACAAGGAGGCUACCACUGAUGAAGAUGAGGACGCGAGCGAGGGCGGUUCAGACAGCGGCAUGGACGAGAUCACCGGAAAGACGCCCGCGAGCGCGCGCAAGGGGCGCGGACCAGGCAAAGGCAAGGCGAAAGCCACCGUUGAGGACGCGCAGCAGAUGGACGUUGAUGAGGAGCCCGCGGCCGAGAGUGCGAGCGUUGCGGGCAGCGCGAGCGGCACACCGCGCGGACGCGGCCGCCCGCCGAAAUCGAAAGCGGGUCCGGCGAGCGUGGCGAAGCGCCGCGUGCGUCUGACAGAGUCGAAGGUCGUCCCGGGGACGGAUGGGGAGGACGACGACGCGGCGUCGGUGAAGUCUGCGCCGACAGGCCCGACUCCGAAGCGGCGCGGGCGCCCUCCGAAGAGCAAGCCCGUCAUCUCGGACUCGGACCGCGACAUGGAGGUGGACGGGGCGCCGCAGAGCACGCCUGCACAGAAGGAGAGGGCGGCGCCGGGGAGCGGGAGCACGAGCGGGAAGCCGAAGACGCGCUCGUUGAGCCGGACACGUCCAGGCGAUGCGAGCGACGUGGGCGCGAGCCCGAAGCCUAAGUCGCGUGUGCGGAAACCCAAGGACGGCGCGGCGGUGGAGGGCGAGGAGAAGCCCAAGAAGCGGAGGAAGGUCGAUACGUGAUGACCUGGUCCUGGCGCGGAGGGCCGCGCGGUUUGGUCGCAGUGGUUACCCGAUUGUCAGUUGAGCCUCGUGCAGCCGGGGCAGCGGCGGGCGAGCAGUGUCGACGAUGAUACAUCCCCGCCCCCGCUUCUUGCCCUCACGUACAAUUAUUUGUAUCUGCCCCGGUGUCCUGCAGGGUCGGACGGCGGCGUAUAAGUUAUGGCAGACCGCUCGUGGACUCUUGGUCUAAUCCUACCAUACCUCACAUUCAUUCUUACUCGAUAUCCCAGCCUGUUUUUACUUACGACUCUCG